ACAUAAAUACAUUAUAACAUAUACUUACACAGGCUAGAGCAGCAGCGACAUGGAUGAUCUUUUGUUGAAGAUAUCGGUGGUUCUACUGCCUGCAUUAGUCUUUUUGCUGUCUCUCUAUUCUCUCAAGUUUUUGCAAUCCAUUCUCAUAAAGACUAAACAGCAGGAGGGAACAACAGCAGUCGAGCCUCCUGGAACGACAGGUUGGCCUAUCGUCGGAGAGACUUUGGAUUUCGGCCGAGCAAAUCUAAAGGGCUUUCCAGAAAAAUUCUUUUACGACAGGGUUCGUAAAUACUCUUCCAAAGUGUUUAAGACUUCAUUAAUUGGCGAAACUGUGACUGUCCUCGAUGGUCCUGCUGGUAACAAAUUCCUGUUCUCCAACGAAUACAAACUCGUAACGAUUUGGUGGCCUCGAGCAAUUCAAAAGAUCAUACCAAUUACGGAGGGAGUAGCCUCUCCAUCGGGAAUCCAAGCAUCUAAGAACCUCCGCCAGAAGAUUUAUCCUUUAAUCCUUAAACGAGACGCACUCCGUAAGUAUGUAGACAUGAUGGAUUCUCUGACGAGGAAACAUUUCGAUACUCAUUGGGAUAACAAGGAGGAAGUUAUUGUGUAUCCUCUAGUCCAGAUUUACACUUUCUCAAUGGCUUGUUGGUUUUUACUGAGCGUUGACGAUGAAGCUCUUGUCCAUGAGUUACUCAAACCCUUUAAUGUGGUCGUUGAUGGAUUCGCAAGUUUACCGAUUAAUUUACCUGGGACGCCAUUAAAUCGUGGUAUCAAAGCUUCCAAAUUUAUCCGUAAUGAGUUCGAAAAGAUAGUCAAGCAGAGGAUGGAUCAGAUGCAUCUUUUGGGGGAGGACGAGGAGAAGGAGACUAUAUUACCACAGCCACCUGCACAAGACAUGUUGUCGCAAAUGAUCAUGUUCAGCGAUAACAAUCCGGAAGAUGAUGAAGCUAGCGUUACUGAUGAUCAUAACAACCAGAAAACAAAGAAGUUCAUGAGUGCAGCAUACAUUGCGGAUUUGAUUCUCUGUCUUAUGGCAGCUGGCUAUCACACUACAAGUACUGUUAUCACAGUCCUUAUGAAUUUCCUUGCUGAUUUUCCGGAUGUACUCAAUGGGGUAUUACAGGAGCAGAACGAAAUUGCCAAGUCCAAAGCACCGGGAGAGUUGCUAAACUUGGAUGACAUUUACAAAAUGAAAUACUCAUGGAAUGUGAUCUGUGAAGUACUGAGACUUGCACCGCCGUUCCAGGGAGGCUUUACCGAGGCAUUGACAGACUUUAUGUACUCCGGGUAUUUCAUUCCAAAAGGACGCAAGUUAUACUGGACUGCAAUUUCAACACACAUGAAUCUAGAGAACUUUCCAGAUCCUGAAAAGUUUGAUCCGUCCAGAUUUCAAGGCGCAGGACCUGCUCCAUACACGUUUGUACCGUUCGGAGGAGGACCUGGGAUGUGUCCUGGAUACGAGUAUGCUCGAGUAGAAAUACUUGUUUUCCUGCACCACGUUGUGAGAAGGUACACAUGGGAGAAAUUGAUUCCCGGUGAUAUUAAUGAAAGGUUAAAAGUUAACCCCUAUCCGUUGCCGCCUAAAGGGUUUCCGAUUCGUCUUCAACCACGGACGACCUAGUUAGUAUUGCCUGUUGAUUUGCUCUAUCAAAUAUGUUUUUAAUUUCGGCCAUCAGUGUCUCUAUUUUUAUAUGUGUACGUAUAUGUAAUGUACGAAUAAAUCAUCUUUG